AUGGAAAUAAAUAAGGAAAAUAGGGUCGAAGUAGACAGUAAAAUAAUAAGCAAGAUCCCAUUACCAAUACAUCCAUUACCAGCAUUACCGAAGCAUUUGGUAAAGGAGAAGAUGCAUUCAAAAAAGAAUAUAGUGAACGAACGCCAUCCAUUAAGAACUCUGAACUCUCAAUCUUUGGAGUUACCAGGGCCGAGCAAGCCGCUUAGAAAGAACAUUGAUUCCCGACAUGUGACUUUAAGACAAAGGAAAGAAGAGUUAGAUUGGGACUACAAGGUAUUUAAAGAUGAUGUUCUGAAUAACAGUAUUAUAAUAAUAAGUGAAAGUGAUGAAGAGAACGAUAAAGAAUAUUUCGUGGGAACACGAAAGAAGAAUGAUGCCAGUGAGAUCCGUGGUGCGAUCACACCGACUUCGAAGUCUUUAGAACCAAGUAGAGUGAAGAAGAUUAAGAGGAGUCUGAAAAGGCCUCAUAGUAAAGAACUCCAGGGUAUAUCUCCAGCUGAAGAACAUAAGCGAGGAGAAGAGAAGCAUAAGCGACAGCUAUAUUUCUAUGAACAGACAGAAAAAAGAUUAUCGUCCCCAGAUUUUUUGACAAAAUCAUACAUGAAUAUUUUAAAUAAGGAUUACACGACCGAUAUAUUCACUUAUUUAUUGAACACGGAGCAUAAGCCAAUUGCACCCAGGAUAUUAAAUGUCACCCGCGCAUGCGUCGUGAAUUGGCUAAUGAAAGUUAAUGGCGCAAAAGGCAACCCAGCUACAAUCCAAAUAGCUUGCUGGUAUCUAGAUUCUAUUUUGAGUACGGGACAAAUUCAUGUCGAUAAAUUGCAGUUAAUAGCAGCUGCUUGCUACUGGAUCGCUCAAAAACUUAAUGGGCCUGUACUGUCCGCUUCUAGACUUGUCAGGUUUUCAAGUAACGCGUUCACAGCCAAAGAUUUGAUGGCAGCUGAGAAAGCAGUUCUAGAGCGAUUGAAAUUUCCAAGACAACCGGUAGUAGCUCAAGAGUACAUAACAUACUUCUCAUGGUGGUGUAACAGUAAUUGCCCGGGGAAAAUAGAAAUGGCCGCGACAUUCCUCUGCAUGAGCGGUAUAUUGGUUGAUAACAGUUUGUGCAACAUAUGUCCGUCAGUGGUAGGGGCUGCGGCUGUUAAAAACGCAGUGUAUUUGCUCAAGAACCCAGCAUUAUUGGCACGUCUACAAUUAUGUCCAGUGUUCAAAGCAGCUGAGCAGAAGGCGGGUAAUUUAUCACAUACCUCUUCGAUACUACGCAGGGCGGUUCGUCAUUUAGCAUCACCAAUGUAUGAAUAUAAAGUACCAUUAGAACACUAUGGUACACCACCGCAUUACAUCGCGCAGAGAAUUAUUAAAGCAAUCAAGGAAUUAUAUGAAUCGUAUACAAAAGUGUGAAAUUUCAAUUUAAUUUGUGCAUCUGUAGUAAUUAUAGUCAAUUUUAUUUAAUGAUCACAAUUAUAUU